AUGUAUUCGUCGGUUCCCAGUCCACCGCAGUGGAAUUCUGGACCUGUGUCAACGCCAGCCCUAGACAGGACCAGGACUCCACCCCCGGCCUCCCCAACUUCGCCCACACGAACAAACCGACUCCGAGGGCUCAGUUAUUUACGUUCCUACACACAGAAUCAUCUGUUGUCACGAGAUAGUCCUAGCAACUCGACAUCGCGUCCGUCGAUCGGCAGGGCCACUAGCUAUCCGUCUCCCUCAUCUGCGAACUCCUCGCCAAAUCCCAGAACUCGUCAGACCCCGACAUCACCUACAACACUACGAGCCACCUCGGAGGCACCCACUGCGAGAUCAGAUAAUCGAGAGACUGUAGGAGGCACCAAUAUCUCGGUAGUACGAUCAACACUGACAGCGACGUCUUCUGCGGUUGUCACUGAAAACCACCCGGCUGCAGCCUCAGAUCUUACGAGUUCGAUGGUCCGUACUAGAUCUGCCACAAUGGGAGGAGCUGCAGAUUUACCACAUGGCGAGGAACCCGAGUCGCAAGCUACACCGCAGACAAAUGGCAAUAGUGGAAGAGACGCCCAUCAUCAGCUCCCUUCGAUACGGUUUUCUGCCCACCAAGACCCAAGAGCUCAGCGACCAUCUUUGGUUUUCAGCCCUAUGUCCCGCAUUCUACCUACUGGCUCCGAGAUCAUUAAAGUCGGUCGAUAUUCGGAACGAGACAAUCAGCCGGUACAAGCAGUUAAUGUACCCUCCGCUGCGGCGGUUGGCUUCAAGUCCAAAGUUGUAAGCCGACGACACUGCGAGUUCUGGUGUGCUGGUGGGCGCUGGUUCAUUAAGGAUGUGAAGAGCUCUUCGGGCACAUUUCUCAAUCACAUACGACUCAGUUCACCUGGUACAGAGUCGAGACCCUUUCCAGUUAAUGAUGGCGAUAUCGUACAAUUGGGCAUUGACUUCAAGGGGGGGGAGGAGAUGAUAUUCAGAUGCGUGAAAAUCAGGGUUGAGCUCAAUAAGGGUUGGCAGACAGGACCAAGCAGCUUCAAUGUACAGUCUCACAAACGUCUACGUGAGCUGAAUAGCAUGAACAAACCGCCCGCAGGUAGCUCGUCACAGGAUUGCUCUAUCUGCCUCGGACCGAUCGCACCUUGCCAGUCCUUGUUCGUUGCACCAUGUUCUCACACCUGGCAUUACAAAUGCAUCCGAGUCAUAAUCAAUGGCCCGCAUUGGCCACACUUCAUCUGCCCGAAUUGCAGGACUGUAGCGGAUCUCGAAGCAGAGCUUGAUGAUCCAUACGCGAAUGGAGACUGGGAAGAAGUCGAAGCUGCUGAAGUUACAGAAGCUCCGGGACAGGCACCAGUUGAAGGAGCGGCAGCGAACGCUACCGUGCGGACCGAGGGGCAGCAUAAUGACGGCAACGAAUCUAGUAUGGCCGUCGAAGCAGAGCCUGAGACUUUGAACCACAAUCAGAAUGGCUCAAGCGAUAGCGAGCUUCCAGACGCAAAUGAGAACUCCGGACAUGACCACACAGUCAACCAGGCGGCAGAGGAUCUAGGUUACCUUCAUAUCGAAGACUCACCCUCACCAUCCGAGUCAGCCGAUUCGCAUCAUGGUUCAGCACCUUCAGGUGCUACUGUCCCUCCCAUAGAUAUUAUCUCACGGAAGCCUGUUCCAAGUUCCGGUAGUACUGCACGCCUUGAUCAACCAGACUCUCGACUAGAAAGAACCAUGACUCGCACGCCGAGUCCAAAUGGACUGGGUUCUCCUCUCGGUGUAGAUGCCAUGACCGGAGUGGAAGGCCCUAUGACACCGAGGAACGACGCUGGGCCUUUCAUAUUUGACGGAAGCGGUGGCCGUCCUUCGGAUGUGCGGUUGGCUGCUGUGGCGACGAUGAAUCUCAACGCUGCUGCAAACACGCCGCCACCCCCUCCUCAUGUGGACAGCGAAACAGCAUAA